AUGACUCUCUUCCCCUUUCUCCACGCCCUUGCUUUGAUCGCCCACGUUGCCGCUCUGCCUGCCAACACGAGCCCGGCUAGCCAGCUGCUGGAGAAACGCGACACACUUACCGUGGAGCUCUGGCAGAAUCCCUACUGCACGGGCAAUCUAAACGUCGUCAGAGUGGGCAACAUUGGCGAAUGUCACGCCGAGGCCGGGUUCAGCGCCGUUUCCACCUUCAACGUCUCCCAGAGCUUUUUCAACAGGGGCUUGAAAGUCAUUGCGAGCCAGAGUGGUAGCUGCUGCAACGGCGGUGGUAUUUUGUAG